AUGGACUUCCUCGGUGACACCACUCACCACGACUACAAGGCAAUGUUACCGACAUGGCCUGCCGUGUUACCUAAGCAUGCGGCACAUAUUCAGAGCAUGAUCUUUAACGAAGCUCUCGCGAUCGAGCUCGAACAAGGUCGAAUGAGGGCUUUAUUCCCACAGUACAGCAAGAUGAAGUGGGAUGGGGCUACGUCCGAUGAGCUAUCAGACAAAGAGGCAGAACUGGAGGGAACUUCAGCGAAGCUCAAGAGAUACGUUGAGAAUUUCGAAGCGUAUGUGGCAGAAUGGAACAAAAGGUUCGUGAAUGUGGAGGAGAUGGGAGAGAAGAGGAAGAGAAGUUGUCCUGGGGGAUUGAACACUAGUGGUUCAUCGCGGCCCUCCACCAAAGCAAAGACUUCAACUACAGAUACCGCGUUCGAUCCGACUCAGUUCGAAGAACUAGCUUCCACCAUUCGCCGUCCCAUCGUACAGAACAGGUACAAGAAUGUUCACAACAUCAACCCCAAGACCAUCAGCGUUGGCGACAUCGGCUGGACACCGCUACCACGUAUGUCCCAGGGCAAUUCCAUCAACAAGAUCAUACCUUCCGAGUACGGCAAUGUAAGCAUCAAAGUCUACCCGUUCAUCAUCGUCAAGAAGCUCGACGACUGCAUGCUUGGUAUCGUCGUCUCAACCGCCAAAGGCCAAGGUCUCAAGUACAAGGACGCCUCCGUACGCCAGCGAAGCACCUAUAUCACUGGAGCUAGCUUCAAGGGAUUCGAAACCCCACCCUACGGCUGGGCGAUGAGUCCUCGGUGUCAGAACUUGGUGGUUGCGGGUACAGGCUAUGAUCCUGCAGCGGGUGCUUUCGUUGAUAUGUUGGAGAGCCACAAGAUAUACUACAACUCCAGGUUUGAGAAGCAGGGGUACCUUACACCGCAGAGUAGGGUUGAUCUGGGACGUAUGAGAUUGUCGGCAUUGCUAUGGGGGGCGAGUGAGGGCUGA